AGGGAGGAAAAGUUAAAGUCGGGGAGGAAAACUUGGGAGGAAAGUGGAUGCUCGGCGCUUUUAGGGAGCCCUCAGGCCCGGCCCUUGACACAAUUCCUGUUCCUCCCCGCGAGCUCGCCCGCCGCCGUGCCCACUCCCAAAUCCUCACACACCACGUGAAGAGAAAAGGUAUUAGGACAAGGAGAGCUGAAGUAAUGAGAAGUCAUCAUGGAGGCGCAGUCCCAUAGCUCUACCACGACGGAGAAGAAAAAAGUGGAGAAUUCCAUCGUGAAAUGCUCCAGUCGAACAGAUGUCAGUGAGAAGGCUGUUGCCUCCAGCACAACUUCCAAUGAGGAUGAAAGUCCUGGACAGACCUAUCACAGAGAGAGAAGGAACGCAAUCACAAUGCAGCCACAAGGUGGGCAAGGCCUCAGCAAGAUCAGUGAAGAGCCUUCAACAUCUAGCGAGGAAAGGGCCUCAUUAAUAAAGAAGGAGAUCCAUGGAUCUAUAUCGCACCUUCCUGAACCUUCUGUACCUUAUCGUGGGACAUUGUUUACUAUGGACCCCAGAAAUGGUUACAUGGAUCCUCACUACCAUCCACCUCACCUCUUUCCAGCAUUCCACCCUCCUGUGCCACUUGAUGCGAGACAUCAUGAGGGACGCUAUCAUUAUGAACCGUCUCCCAUUCCUCCUCUGCACGUGCCUUCUGCCUUAUCUAGUAGCCCAACGUAUUCAGACCUUCCGUUCAUUAGAAUUUCCCCGCACAGAAAUCCCGCUGCAGCAUCAGAGUCUCCCUUCAGCACUCCUCACCCGUACAUUAAUCCGUACAUGGACUAUAUCCGGUCCCUGCACAGCAGCCCGUCCCUGUCCAUGAUCUCAGCAGCACGCGGACUCAGCCCGACAGACGCUCCACAUGCUGGCGUCAGUCCAGCUGAAUAUUAUCAUCAGAUGGCUCUGUUGGCAGGCCAGCGCAGCCCGUAUGCAGACAUCAUUCCUUCCGCUGCCACUGCUGGAGCUGGUGCUCUUCAUAUGGAGUAUCUUCAUGCCAUGGAUAGCGCCAGGUUUCCGAGUCCGAGAUUGUCAGCUAGACCAAGCCGAAAGCGUACGUUGUCCAUAUCCCCCCUAUCUGAUCACAGCUUUGACCUUCAGACCAUGAUACGGACAUCUCCAAAUUCCUUGGUCACAAUUCUCAAUAAUUCUCGUAGCAGUUCCUCUGCCAGUGGUUCUUAUGGCCACUUAUCUGCAAGUGCAAUCAGCCCUGCUCUGAGUUUCACAUACCCUCCUACACCAGUAUCCCUCCAGCAAAUGCAUCAGCAAAUUAUAAGUCGUCAGCAAACCCUGGGUUCAGCCUUUGGACACAGCCCUCCUCUCAUCCAUCCUGCUCCAACUUUUCCUACCCAGAGACCUAUCCCUGGCAUCCCCAGUGUCCUGAACCCUGUCCAGGUCAGCUCUGGCCCUUCUGAGUCCACACAGCAGAACAAACCCACAAGCGAGUCUGCAGUGAGCAGCACUGGAGAUCCAAUGCACAACAAGCGCUCCAAGAUAAAGCCCGAUGAGGACCUCCCCAGCCCGGGCGCAGGAAGCAUGCAGGAACAGCCAGAAGGAAUGACCCUGGUAAAGGAGGAAGGGGACAAAGAUGAAAGCAAACAGGAGCCUGAAGUGGUCUAUGAGACAAACUGCCAUUGGGAAGGCUGUUCCCGGGAGUUUGACACGCAGGAACAGCUAGUGCAUCAUAUAAACAAUGACCAUAUACAUGGUGAGAAGAAAGAGUUUGUGUGCCGAUGGCUGGACUGUUCCCGGGAGCAGAAACCAUUCAAAGCCCAGUAUAUGCUGGUGGUCCACAUGAGGAGACAUACAGGGGAAAAGCCACACAAAUGCACUUUUGAAGGGUGUACGAAGGCCUACUCCAGACUAGAAAACUUGAAAACACACUUGAGAUCUCACACUGGAGAGAAACCAUAUGUGUGUGAACAUGAAGGCUGCAACAAAGCCUUCUCCAAUGCAUCCGACAGGGCCAAGCACCAAAACAGGACUCAUUCCAAUGAGAAACCGUAUGUUUGCAAGAUCCCAGGCUGCACAAAGCGCUACACAGACCCCAGUUCUCUCCGGAAACACGUGAAGACCGUGCAUGGCCCCGAGGCACAUGUCACCAAGAAGCAGCGGGGAGAUAUCCACCCGAGACCUCCGCCACCCAGAGACCCAGGCAGCCACUCUCAGACACGAUCACCGGGCCAGCAGACUCAGGGUGCAAUUGGUGAGCAGAAGGACCUCAGCAACACUACCUCAAAGCGCGAAGAAUGCCUCCAAGUAAAAGCGGUCAAGGCAGAAAAACCAAUGACAUCUCAGCCAAGCCCUGGUGGUCAGUCUACAUGCAGCAGCGAACAGUCCCCCAUCAGCAACUAUUCCAACAAUGGGAUCGAGCUUACUCUGACCGGUGGCGGUAGUGUAGGAGACCUCAGUGUCAUCGAUGAAACCCCCAUCAUGGACUCUACCAUUUCCACAGCCACCACAGCACUUGGCUUACAGGCCAGGAGGAAUAUGACAGGGACCAAAUGGAUGGAGCAAGUGAAAUUUGAAAGGUUGAAACAAGUUAAUGGAGUGCUUCCAAGACUGAACCCCGUUCCACCUUCCAAAGCCCCAACCUUGCCGCCUCUCAUAGGAAAUGGUACCCAAUCAAACAGCAGCUGCAGUGUAGGAGGAUCCAUGACUAUUCUGCCAAACAGGAAUGAUCUUUCAAGUACGGACAUCACUGUGUUGAACAUGCUGAACAGGAGGGACAGCAAUACUAGCACAAUCAGUUCAGCCUACUUGAGCAGCCGCAGGUCCUCUGGAAUCUCACCUUGCUUCUCCAGCCGGAGGUCCAGCGACGCCUCGCAGGCUGAGGGAAGACCACAGAAUGUGAGUGUUGCAGACUCCUAUGACCCCAUCUCGACAGAUGCCUCCCGGCGCUCCAGUGAAGCAAGCCAGUGUGAUGACCUACCGAGCCUUCUCAGCCUCACCCCAGCCCAGCAAUACAGGCUGAAAGCUAAAUAUGCAGCAGCUACUGGUGGACCCCCACCAACUCCACUGCCUAACAUGGAGAGGAUGAGCCUCAAAACAAGGAUGGCACUCUUGGGUGACUGCAGGGAAUCUGGAGUAUCUCCCCUGCCUCCAGUGAAUGCCCCUCGAAGAUGUAGUGAUGGUGGGGCAAAUGGUUACAGCAGGAGGCAUUUUUUGUCUCAUGAUGCUCUAGGAAAUGGGACAAGGAGAGCUAGUGAUCCACUAAGAAUGGUCUCCGAUAACCUCUCUGUCCCUAGAGUCCAGCGUUUCAACAGUCUUAAUAGCUUUAACCCUCCUGCUUUGCCUCCAUCCAUGGAAAAGCGCAACCUCGUUCUUCAGAACUAUACACGUUCUGAGGGUGGCGUCUUCCGUGGCUUCAGCUCCCCCUGUCCUCCGAGCAUCAGUGAAAACGUCGCCCUGGAGGCUGCUACCAUGGAAGCGGGUGGCAGUUUGAAUGAUGAGGAUCUCCUGCCAGAUGAUGUGGUUCAGUACCUGAAUUCCCAGAACCAGGGCAUGUACGACCACUUGUUGAACAAUGUCCUAGACAGCAACAAAAUGCAUCAUGGCACAGUGUUAGGAAAUACCAAUCCCAACAACUUUGACCAAGCCCCUCCAACAAGCAGUCAAUCUGCCGGUUCUGAGGCAAACAAGAGUGACUUGCCCAUUCAGUGGAAUGAAGUAAGCUCAGGAAGUUCUGACUUAUCUCCUUCAAAACUGAAAUGCAGUCAGCGCUCAGCAGUGCAGCAGACUCGGGCCUUUGGACUGUAUAACAAUAUGAUGAUUCAGCAGCAGAACCUGGAGAGAAGCAAUGUGGCCCAGCAAAACAGCUAUCAGAACCUGAUGGAAAACAAUGGUUCCUAUAGUUUACAGCAGAACACAGUCCUUGGCAGCGGAGCCAGUAAUUCUUUCGGCAUGCAGCUCAAUAAGUCUUACAGUGAAAGCAUCAGCAGGCAACCAAUGAUUUCUGGGGCAAUGGACAAUUCCUGUGGCAUGGCAAUUCAAGGGCAGAAGCUGAGAAGCAGCAACAUGCCAGUGAGUGGGAACCAGCAAAACUUUGGACAUCCUAUGGCUUCCAGUGAUCAAACCACCAGUAUGGCAAAUGGGAUGCAGAACAGGAAUAUGAUGGAGCAGGAAUAUUUGCAAAGCCAACCGGUUGGAGAUGGAAUUCAUUACCAGGGAGUCAAUCAAUCCGAUCAGAUGAUGCUAGGGCAGGUUAGUCCUACCUCACAAAGCAGCCUUUAUCAAGGGCCACAGAGUUGUCCACCGGUAUCUCACACCAUUGGUAGCCAGCCUUCAGGUUCGUUGGUGGCCAAGAGUUACCAGCCAUGUGCUAAUUACAGUGGCAACAGACGGCAAAAUGCAUUGAGGAACAACCUGAUACAACAGCAGGGACAUAUAAGUGAUGGCAACCAGACGUACAGGGUAAACACCAUUAAGAUGGAGAUGCAAGGUCAAUCACAGCAGUUCUGCUCUAACAUGCAGAAUUACUCUGGUCAGUUAUAUGACCAAACCACGGGCUUUAGCCACCAAGCUAUGAAAACCAGUUCUUUCUUUGUUUCAGAAGCUAACUGCCUGCUGCAGGGGACUGCUACUGCAAACUCAUCCGAGCUUCUUUCCCCGGGGGCUAACCAAGUAUCAAGCACAGUUGACAGCCUUGACAACAACAGCCUAGAGGGUGUGCAGAUUGAUUUUGAUGCUAUCAUAGAUGAUGGGGACCAUGUCAGCUUAAUUUCAGGAGCCUUGAGCCCGAGCAUCAUUCAGAAUCUCUCCCGCAAUUCCUCACGCCUCACCACUCCCCGAGCGUCUCUUACAUUCCCAGCUAUGCCCGUAAGCACAACCAACAUGGCUAUUGGGGACAUGAGUUCUUUGUUGACCUCACUUGCAGAAGAAAGCAAGUUUCUUGCUGUUAUGCAAUAGACAUGAAAAAAAACAAACAAAAAACCUUAGGAGAUAACAGAUGAAAAAAGACUCAUAUUUUUUAGUUGUGUAUGUAUUUUAGCAAUCUCAUCUCACCUAAAUGGGAUGUAUUUCAAGUAUAUUCCUUUUAUGGAAUAAGGACUCUGAAAACCCUAAAGUGUUCUAGGGAGAAACUGUCUUCCAUUUCAGUUUUGAAUCAGUAUUGCUACACCCAUUCCCCCACCUCUCUCUCGCCUCUCUCUCUUGCUCCCUUUUUGAAUGUUUGUACGCUUCCUUUUUAUUUUUUUUUAAUUGUAAGCCAAUGUAAAAGUGUGAUGUGCAUGUUUUUGUUUUGUUUGUUUAUUUUUUUUAAAAGAAAGGUCUGAUGAAACGACUUAAUUUUCUGUUCCACAAAAGAAACUUGACCUUUUAAACUGUUGUGAUUUCUCCCCUAUACAUACAGGCACAAAAUAAACUGGCACAAUGUAAAGUGAAAAUAAAGUGAGGAAAUCCCCUCUGGAUGCAUUGGAUACAUCACACUGAGGUGGAAAACCAAUUUAGAAAUGCACUGCCAUGGUACCCGCGAGCUGUAGUUUGAGGAGCACAUGAAAUAUGAGGUUAAAGCAAAUAAGAAAUAUAAAACCAUCAGCCCUUUGAUCCCUAGCAAAUGUUUAAGGUUUUUGUAAACACAUGUGUAGAUAGAUGUCACUGCCUUGCACAAUGAUACUCAGACUGUGUCGUGUGUACUUAACCUAUCUCAGAGGAGGGAGAGGACCAGAAAGCUACUCUUAGUAGAACUCUUUUUUUUUUUUCCAGCUUUCUCAUUUUUAAAUGACUGGAUAGUAAAAUUACAAGCCUUUUCUGUGUUUUGAGUAGUCUGUAAUCCCUUCUUUGCACACUACAUCGGUGGAGAGAUGUUCAGGAUCUCAUAAUGGAUUAUUUCAUAUAAUGAAAUAAUGAAACUCCAGUAUUCCAUGCUGGGAGUUGUUUUUUGUUUGCUGGUUUGUUUUUAAAUACAAAUUGUAGAAACAUAAUGUACUGAGCCACUAGUUCUCAUUCGUAGCAGCUAUUCCUUUGCCAAAAGAAUUGUCUUGUACAUCGCUUCUAGCACAUACAGCUUCAUAGAUGGAUCGUGUUUUUUGAAAUAAGUAAAUGUCCAUUGAUAUAAUACACAGUUACAGCUUCAAAAGCAUCAUGGUGUUGGCAUGUAAAACCAAUAGAAAAAUAAUGGCCCUGUUCUCAGACUAGCCAAGUAAGUCAAAGUGAUUACAAGCAAUCUGAUAAUCUUCAAUGUUUUUCCAGUGUAUCCAGGCCUUUCAAAAUUAAAAGAUUUAAAACUGCCAUUAAAAAUAGCAAAGAAACAAGCUGAAUGGCAAGUUUGGCUGGUAACUCAUCAAAACUAAAAAAUGCCAAACCAGUUGUCUACACCUGGUGAAAUUAAUGUGCAUUUCAAUUCAAGGCAGAUCCAGUGGGUCAAUGCCUAUGCUCAGCUAAACCAGCAAAAAUUGGACUUAAUGCCCUGUGGUCGUGAAGUUAUUCCCUGAUAAAGGUGGAUGGAAUUUACUCCAUAACAGCUGUCUCUUGUAGCACAUUUUUAUCUGUGUUGUGCCCCUGAUUUGUGCCACUGUGCUCCUGAGUAAAUAGGUUGGGAUGGAGAACAUGGACAAGAGCAAGGUUUAAAUUCACCCAUUCCUAGAAGCUGCACUGAAGUCCAGCCCUCACAGUCUUCUCAGUUAAGACCUAAUAUUUAAAUCCUGCUGGGGGAUGCAAAUGGUGCUGGCACUUACACUCAUGGAUCUGGUGUAUGUAGGGAGUUGUAGACUUAUGAUGAGGAGGGGUAAUUUGGUCAUUUUGGACUACAGAUAUCUAUUAGCCUGGUCAGAAUUAGUAAUAGCACCAGAGGGUGACACUUACAGCCUAGAAGGCCAUAGCACUCAUUUUAUGACUGUAGAAAAAAGGGUGAAAUGCCAGCUUGUUCAGGGCAUAGAAUUUGAGGAAUGUGUAGGAAUGCAACCUAAGUAAAGCUGUCUGAUAACAUAGAUCUAUUAACAGCUAUUAAAAUCAGAGGAAGAAGCUGUAAAUCAGAAAUAAAACAUCAUGGAAAUCUACUAAAAGUGAGCUGGAAUGUCAGAGAUCAAUACAAAUAAAGAAAAAAAAUCCCUCAAUAUUCUACAACUUUUAUCAGCAGUCUGCUCCUGUCUUUCUCCAUAUCCUUGGCAAGGAUUUGUUCCCUUAUCUGCAUUAUGCACAUGUAUUCCCUCCUUUUGUGCUCUCUGCCCAUUGCUGGUUCCCCUCCUGACCUUCCUGACCAUCAUCAGCUUGGACAGCCCUUCUGUAGAGGUCCCCAGCCUGCAAUUGGGAAUGGGGCAGAGUUCAUCAUGGCAAAUGGUUGUUUGGAUGGAGGGGUGCUUCAGUGGCCACGCUUUACCUUGCAGCACACACCCCUGCUGAGAAACAGCAUUAUAGACAUUAGGAAAGGCUGUGCUCUCAUCAGCUGGAAGUAUUUCAGAUGGUUCUCGGUAACCAAUCGCUGGCUGCUUAUUAAGCCAUCAAUUACAUGUUUAUAAACAAUUUCAACAAGAAGACUUAUGACUGGGAGUAGGUGGCUUGGGAGAGAAGCCUUUUAUUGUUAUAGAGCCAAUACAUUAAAAAAGAGAAGGUUUUUUUUUUUUUUUUUUUUUUUUUUUAAACUCAAUUUUCCAGUUCAUAAUUGUAUUUGCUGGUACAGUUGAAGCUGGGAAGCUAUUAACACAUGUGAUCCAUCAGAGCUUAGAAGGAUCCAUUCACAUUGCUUAGGGCUAAAAGGGAUUGUUUGAGUAGCUAAUUUGCCUUCCUGGAUUUGACAAACCUUUGUCACUCACUUACCCCUGUCUCGGGCCAACAGUGUGUCUUGGCCUAAACCACAUGUUCCAGAAAGGCAUCCAGUUUUCAUUUGGAGAUGUCAAAGAAACAGAGACUCCACCAUAUCCCCAGAGAGUUUGUACAAAUGCUUUAUCAUUUUCACCGUAAGCAUAUGUGCCAUUUUUCAUGUGUAAAGGUAUCACUUCUCAGCUUUUAGUAUCUUCUUGUGCUUUUCUCUUUGAUGCUAAAGCGGUUGUUUUGAUACUUGUGCAGGUCAGCAUCCUAGGCCAGCUAUCUUGGGUUUUGGUUUUGUUUUGAUAGAGUAGACCGGGAGAGCAUGGCAGCAUUAGGCUUGAGACCGGUUUUAAGUUGUUAACCACCUUCUGGGCAUGUGUUAGUCUGGAGAAAGUCUCACUAACAUCACUCAGGUUUACUAGCACAGUUCUACUACUCUUCUUCCAGUUACAGAGCUGGAGCUUGCCUUUAUGCAUCUGGCACAUCAAGUGGCAUUACCAUGGCAGUUGGAAGCCCACUAUUCACCCUAGUGUACUAGAACAUGCAGAACAUGCAGGUUUUCUCCUUUUUUUUUUUUUUUGGGGGGGGGGGGGGUGUUAGGGCUUGGAUGGUGAUUUUCCUGUUUUUUAAAGCAUUGCAGUGGGCACAGACUGAAUCUAAAUCCCCCUUUCUUCUAAUAGCUAUUUGGGAAUCUUCCAGAUCCAUUACUCUUGGCCUUGGGCACAUCCACCUCACUCACAUUUUUCCAGGCAUUUUUGCUUUCCACAAAGUGGGAGCCACCAGGGAGAGCUCAUUCAUAAGGAAAGGUAUUUUUGCAGAGAAGUCAGCGGGCUUCCAGAUCAGGUUUGCUGGUAAGUACUAUGGUUUAGUGCAUCCACACGGCAGAUUCUCUCCUGAGAGAAUGGUCCCAAAUGGUACGUGCAUUAAAAUGCUGGCUUGCUUUCUUGCUUCCAGUCAUUCUACCCUCCCCUCCCUCUCUCGAUGAAAUGGCAGGUCAGCUCGCCCACACGCGUUGCGCAAUGGCUCAUCCUUCUGAACAACAGUGUUUAUAUUCUCGCAAUGUAUGUGCCUUAUUUUGUGUUAUCUUCUAACAGAGAGGGACCAAGAUACGUUGCCAAAUAGUCACAAGGAGGCUGUACUCUCUAUUCAGCUAAUAGCACAUACCACUGUUAAUAGUGUCUGAAGUGUCUUGUAAACCUCUGGUAUCACGUGUUACUGUCCUUGGAUUGAUAGAACGUCUUCUAUUGAAAAGUUACUGUUGUCAGUUCUGCAGAUGUGUAACAUAAAAAUGUGUUUCUUUUUCACUUUUUUUAGUUCCUUUUUUUUUUUUAUAAAGCUUGUAAUCCUUUUUUUUAAAAAAAAAAAAGUGUAAAUACAUUUACGUACAGUAGGAAUAGUGUUUGGCUGUAACAGGCCUUAGUGGUCUUCAUUUGAUAAACCUGCAGUUAUGAUCUGAUGUUUCUCGAGCCUUAGGUUGAUCUGAAGGGUCUGUAGCACUGUGUACAUAUAAACUGUACUUCUGCUUUCAGAACCACUUAGCUCUUUUGUAACAAAGAAAAAAAAUGUUUCUUACAAUGUCAAUAAAAACACAAAAGCCUUUGUACUUAAGUUCUUA